AGAAUGCUGACGUGACUUCCGGUCUCACACACACACCCGAUUACAACAACAAGGCAGGCAGGCGAGCCGAGCUCGAGCUGGGAAGGAGAGAGUAGACGACGGUACCGCAAGAGUAAACAGAAAUCCAAGAACUAUCACCACAGAAGAAUUCCCAUCAAUAUCGUCGGAAAGCACCAACUUUCCCCACAGGCGAGGCAGAUGUUGUAGAAGGGGAACAGCAGGGAGAGUUUGUGGUGUGUUUUUACUGAGUCCAGAAUGGAGAGGAUUUGAGGGAACUUUCUCCUCAGGUCAUUCCUGAGUUGUGACGCUAAGCUCUCCUGAGCUCAGGUUCUUCAGAGCCCACCGUGCUAGUAAUAUGAGCCAUGGACUCCUGGGCAGUUGAGAGUCCUGUAACCCUGGUCAUUAAGGCCCCCAACCAGAAGUAUGAAGACCAGACCAUUAACUGCUUCCUCAACUGGACUGUAGAGAGGCUGAAGAGUCACAUCUCCAAUGUGUACCCCAGCAAGCCGCUGUCCAAAGACCAGCGGCUGGUGUACUCAGGAAGGCUCCUUCAAGACCACCUACAGCUCAGAGAUGUGCUUAGAAAGCAGGAUGAAUACCACAUGAUGCAUUUAGUGUGUACCUCUCACAGCCCCCCAGCCUCGCCCAUGCCUCGGAGCCCUUCCACGGCUAACUCUUCUGCUUCUGACCCCAGCAGUUCACAAGCCGCGGCCUCGGCCUCCCCGGCCACCACACCAAAUCAGGACAGCCAGCCAGCCUCCUCUUCCUCUUCCUCUUCUUCUGUCCCAGGAAGUUAUGAUGGCCUGAGGUAUCGCGGCGGCUUCCCCCAGUACAACCCCCAGGGCCCCGCUGGUGUCCCUCAGUGGCCAGAUGGAGCCCAGGUCCCUUUACAAGGCGACCUCCCUGCCAACAUGCCCCCCCACCCCAUGUACAUGCCCAUGCAGAUGCUGUGGUGGCAGCAGAUGUAUGCACGCCACUACUACAUGCAAUAUCAAGCAGCCGUAGCUGCCUCGCAGCCUCCCAACACCCCCCCUCCCUCCUCUCCCUCCUCCUCGCCCCAUCAACCCGCCCAGCCCAACGAAGCCGUGCAGCCCCCGCUGGGGCCCAACCCAGCUGCCAACCCUUUACCUGAGAACCAGCCGGCCAACCCCAACAUCCAGAUGAACGCGCAGGGCGGGGCAGUGAUGAACGACGACGAGCUGAACCGCGAUUGGCUGGACUGGUUGUACACGGUGUCUCGCGCCGGCGUCCUGCUCAGCAUCGUUUACUUCUACUCCUCUUUUAGCCGCUUCGUCAUGGUGGUCGGCGCCAUGCUGCUUGUCUACCUGCACCAGGCCGGUUGGUUUCCCUUCAGGCCGGAGCAGCAGAACCUCCAAGGAGGAGAAAGGGCCAGGCCUCCUCAGGAGGAAGCAGAGAGACACCAAGACAUACAGGAAAUGGAACGUCUGAUGGAUGAGGGGAUGGAGGAGGACGACAGCGGUGAGGAAGGAGGGGGAGGCCCUGAGGACCCGGCCCAGGCUGCUGCCGCCGCUGCUCUCCCAGAACCAAGCUUCCUCACCACCGCGUGGUCCUUCAUCAGCACCUUCUUUACCUCGCUCAUUCCAGAGGGACGGCCCCAACCGGCCAACUAGGCAGACACUACCCCAUCUGCCCUUACUCUCAUACACCCCUCUUCCUUCUGCCAGCAGGUACCACUCUACAGAAGUAUCACAAUUCCCACUUUCGUCUAUACUGUCUUAACUUCUUCAGACCCCGUUCAGAUACCCCUUUAUCCCAGUACAACCCCUGCCAGUCGGCCACAAUCCUCGACCGAUAUUUAAAACAGGCUCCAGGCUCCUCUGAAGUUUAAGAGCAGAUACAUUGUGAGUUCUGAAGGAGGGUAUGAGAAUAAACGAACAUGUAGAAAAUAAAUCUCGUGUUGUGUUAAUGGAGUAAAUGCUUCUUCAGCAGUGAAAGUUUUUUUUUUUGUUAUAUAUAUAUUUUUUUUUCAUCAGUUGUGAAUUCAUUGAGACGUGUCGGUGGCGAGAGACCCCGGAGGGAGCUGUCUUCCAUUUUUAAGCAGUGAUAAGUUCAUGCUUUUGAAACUUUUAAAUGACGGAUGUGACCCAUUUAAAAAAAAAAAAAAAAAAAAAGAAAAUCUGGAAUCUCCCUAGAUUGAGAGGGAGAUGUGUCGUUAACAGACCAUGGGAACCACAUCCCUAAAGACAUUUUCAUGUAUGCACGCGAUGUGCAUAAAGACAUUGCAGCUACUGAAGCACAUUGUUUUCCCACUUUGUGUAUUUGAACAUUAUUUACUCAUGUAAGGAUAUGCAUCUUUAAUUUCUGAAUAUAUGCUUUUUGAAUAAAAAUCUUGCUGCGGU